AUGUCACUAUCUGCUUUCAUAUCGACAAUACACUGCUGCCACCCUUCCCCAGCUGCUGCUGCCACUCCCACUGCUGCUACCACCACAGCCCCCUCUGCUGAUUGCGCAUCCCGUGUGUUCAGUCGCUCCCGCUGUCCCAAGUUCCCCAUGUCGCUCGUGGCACAAGCAACAGAUGGGUGGACACCCCCUUUCUCCUCCCGCCAUGCAGAGGGCGGUGCACCUCUGUCGGUGUGGCAGUGCCUGGAUGUGACCGCGGGUGUGCUGCGCGGGCUGAAGCACAUCCAGAGCCAUGGGGUCGUGCAUGGCCGCAUACACCCACGCAACAUCCUGCUUGAUACCGCGCUGCAGCCUGUCUUGGCUGGUUGCAUGGCCGUGAAAAUGGGCGACCCACUACCAUCCAUCCCCACAGCACCACCACCACCAGCAGCAGCCACAUCAACAUCAGCAGCAUUGCCAGCGCCAGCAGCAGGAGCAUGGGUGGCAUCAGCAGGGAGGGUGACACGGCCACCUGCCAACCAUGCAUACAUGGAUCCAAUCCUGCAUGCCUCUGGACGCACCACGCCCUCCACCGAUGUCUUCAGCAUUGGUGUGGUGAUGCUGCAGCUCAUCACUGGACGGCCUGUCUUGAUAUCCACAGCUGCAGGCAAUGAUUGGCAAGGCAACAGCUCUGGCCCCAGAGGAGAUGGCAGUAGCAGCAACGGCGUUAGCAUAAACGGCUACAGCAGCAGCAGCAGCAGCAGCAGCAGCAGCAGCAGCAGCAGUAUGAUCUGCAGCUUUAGUGGCAGCAGCUCAGUGCACAUUCGGGACUGGGCACAGCACCUAAUAUCUCGCAAUAUCACAUCCAACCUGCGCGCCGCCCACCUGCCCCAAGCACCCGACGCCAUCGUGCUGCCCAUGGUCCGCCUCGCCCUCUCCUGCUCCGCUUCCGACUCCCUCUCCCGCCCCACUGUCACCGACCUGCUCCGCUCCAUCAAGGCUCUCAAGCGCUCCCUCUCCGCCCACCCGCGCCCAGCUCUGCCGAUCAUUCCAGGGAAAAGCAGGAACGGUGAUAUGCCCAAUGCUACAGACAGUGGGGGGGAUGGAGCAGAUACGUUAUUAGACUAUUUAGUCUGA